CCCUCCCUGCCGCGCCAUGCACCCUCUCACCCUCCUGCCAACCGGCGCCUGGGCGGCGAUCAUCUCGCACCUGGAGGACCCGGUGGCCGAUAUUCUGGCUCUCUCCAAGACCAGCCGCGAGAUGCACCGGUUCAUCUUUGCCGGAUCUACCGAAGAGGUCGCUCGCCUGGACACCUCGUCGCUGCCUCCCCUGUCUCCGGAGCAGAUGUCUGUCUCCAAUGAAAUCUGGCGCCAAAUCUGCCACGGGACCUUUGGCAGCGUGUCCGAGCUGGUGUCCAUCCUGCGCUCCGGCCUCCCGGACCCGGCUCAGGAUGAAGACCAGGACAUGGCCGAUGUGACCUCGGCCGCGGCAACCAUCUCCCUGGCCGAUGAUGCCACUGGGGAUGCUGCCGGAAACGCCCAUCCCGACCCCUCGGACAUGGCCGAGAGCGACGAGGAUAGCGAGGACGACGAGGACGAUGAUGACCACAGCUCCAGCGACGAGGAUGAGCUCGAGAUGCUUGAUGAGGCCUCGCGUAACCUUGAUCCGCCGAUCCCAGUCAAUCCGCGACCGGAGCCGGCCUCUUGGCUUGAGGAGUAUCGCCGCCGUGUGACUGACGAGGCCGGUCGCCGCCGGCGGGCCUUCCAACAAUACACCCAACACCUGCGGGAGGAGGUCGAUCACGAUGGGGCCAUGCUCCCGGAGGACAAGCUCCCGCAGAUCUGGUGGAAUUACGACCAGGAGGUUUGCGACCUUUUCAAUGCCACGCAAACCCUGCUUGAAGCCGUGGCCGAUGAUGAUGCCGAUCCUGCCGAGGCUGGCUCUCCUGCAGGCAUUCAAAAGCUCGUGCCCGCCGCGGAGAACCUCCUACACAUCAUUGAUCUCUACCCGAAUCACAUUCCUGCCCUCUAUGGACUCGCAUACAUCUGCUUUAUGGCCACCGCCUACGACUCGGCCGAGGCGAUCAUCGGUAUCGCCCUGGCUGUCGCUGAGGCGGUUGGGCUGCUUGAGGAUGAAGAGCCCACCACCGGAAUGGCUGCCUCCAGCUCUAACGCUACGCCUCCUGCCAUGGGCAGUGCCCUGGUGGAUGACAUCCGGUCGCUCCGGGCACGCAACCGCCUUUACCGUUGCUCGCGACCCGGCUCGGGUGAUGCUCCCUGGCUCGAUGCUUCGGGGACCACCUUUUCUCCCAUGCUGCAGGGCGUCAUGGAGGCCAUUUUCCGGCGAUUUGAUCGCAACCGCGACGGUUUCCUUGAUGUCAUGGAGCUCUCGACGCUCGUCCGCACGGCUACUGCCGCCGGAGCCAGCACCUCCCCAGUUUCCAGUCGCGAUCUGUCCAUGAUGUGCCAGGCCCUCCUCCGGCAGUAUGGCCGACCCCUGGCCACCGGCAGUGGUCCUGCUGCUGGUCGCUCUGGCUCCCGCGUCCCGAUGGCCCGCGGCCGGCCGGCCGGUGGGGCUUCUAGCAUCGGUCUUCCACUUGAGGGAUUCCUCCAGUUUUACCUGAAUCAGACCCUUUCCGACCCGGAGGAGACCCGCAAGGACUUGACGACUUUCGGCUUUGACCCGGACUCUCUGAUGCCGCUGGUGGCUCCCCCGCCCUCGGCCCAACAGUCACGCGUCGCCUGAACGCCAAAUAGCUCCACCUCGCGCUUUCACCCCUUUUGGCGAAAAUAGAUUCCCCGGAGGUAA